UCAGAAGUAUCUCAACAGACAUACAAAACCAAGCAACUUCUUCCAAAUCAUUUUUAAAACAAGUUAUUAAAAAGGGGUCUACAAGAGGAAAUAGUAAAGAGCAGAAAUGGGUAUGCAAUUCCUGAAUUCAGAAAAUCAAGCAAUACUGAAACUCAAAUGGGACCUGCGAGAUAUUCACAUGGCAUUUUUCAAAUGCGUCAGAUGGCAAGUAGAAGAAACUAUGGAUCCAAUCAGCUGCCCCUUUCAUUACUUCUGCCAAAGUGUUUAUCCUGGGAAUUAUCCAGUUCUUGUCGAUAUCCUGGUUUUUGUCUUCACAGCAGCUUCAUAUCUUGCAACAAUCAUAAUCAUGGUGGUAAGUACAUCAAGAAGAGGGAGACAUGAUUUAGUUCAAUCAAAAAGAUAUUUACUACCUUCUGGUCCAGUUUCUCUUCCUGUAAUCCUCUUGGUACUGGCAAAGGGUCAAAGGAUUAACACUGUAUUUCCUUUAUCUAUUGCUGGUCCUGCAAUCCUCCAAUUGGUUCAUGUUUCUGCUCUGGCAUUUGAAAAUGCAGCUGAUAAGAACACCAACUAUGCAUUCUUUGAAGCAUCUACAAUUUCUGGGAUUUUGCAUGCAAGUCUGUAUCUAGAUGCUGUAGUGUUACCUUACUACACUGGUUUUGAUGCCCUGGUAACAUCAAGAUUUUCUGGUGAGUGUAUAUCGUGCGUGUGCCGGAAAGAGGCUCUGGUUGCAGGGGGAAAGUUGGUGUCAUACAGAGGGCGUUCAGUGACUACAUUCUUGGUUGUUGGAUCAAUAUGUAUGAGAAUCAUUUGCAGGGUGUCUGGAGAGAAGGGGAGAGGGAUAAUAUUUUGUAGAUUCUUGCUAGAAGGAUUAGCUUGGAUUUUCAUGAUCAAGGAUUGUCUUUACCUUACAACAAGUUCUCCGCCAGAGCAAACUGCUUUACGAGCCGCUACUCUUGGAGCCAUUUUGUUAUUGAUCUGCCUUUAUCUACUUAUCAAAACAUGCAGUCUACUCACAAAUUGGUUUACAUGGAGUACAACAUGACAAGGGUUUUGCUGAACUCCCAUGGCAAAGGCCCUGUAAUCUUCAAAGCUCUCCAGAUUCAUUUAAACAUUUGGGUUUUUUGUGUUGUACAGACAGACUUGUAUGGUUAGUUUUCUUCUAACUUCACUGUGUCUCGUUGUGGCGAGUAUUAGUCGCCCCCCCCUUCAAUGUUCCCUUUUUGGGAAGUGUUUUGCAGAGAUUGGCUGGUGGUUGGCCGGUGACUUGCUGCCCAAGCAAUAGGUUGUUUUACAGUGAUAAUUUGAUCUUUUUUGUAUCCAAUAAUACAUGGACAAUUGAAAAAAGAAGUAUUAGGAAAAUCAAGUGGUGGAAUUAUUUUUUUAAAAGGCAUAACCAUUAAAAUGCAUAUGUGUCAAGGAUUACGCUGAACAUAUAAAUACAUCACCGUUCUAUCUCUUCCAACUUUGAUUACAAAAUUGGUCAAAACUGGUAACUUGGUAUCUCAGAAAGCAGCAUAGUAAUAUGGACGUGAGCAAAUUGAUGAAGACAACUGGUUCGAAUUCCAACUUAACCCACUCUUGAAAGAUAGAAUAUCCUCUUCCCCAAAUGACGCUAACAUUCCAAUAAACAAAGAAAACUUGGAAAGAAGGAACCCAAUUCGUAAGAAAACCUCCUUUGGCUAAUGUUCACUUCAGGCAGAGAAAAUAAGAGAAACAAGUAAAUGAAAAAAUGAAGAUAAGAAGACAUUACAGAAUAUUUGAACUGUACCAGAAAAUGAAUGACCUCCUGUAAAGCUGAGACUAGGCAGUAUUCUCCAAAUGUUGCUCUAGUUCUUAGGUCUACAAAAUCUUUUACUUUAACCCAAAAAUCAGAGCCAAAAAGUAAGCUCCAGAUAUCAGCAUAUUUUUCUCUGACUAUAAACUCUAAAAAGUAAGCUAACUUAAUUAGAGUUUUCAGCAUAAUAAUAUUACUUCAAAAUUUAUAAAACCUACUUACAAAAGCUUAUAAGCUUAAAGAAAAAGACCCAUCCAAAUGGCCUUUAAAACUAAUUUGAAAUUGUUAAGCUUUGGUGCCACUUAAUACAUCUCAACACUAACUUAUGAAGACUUGAGUUCAUGCACUAAAAAAAGUGACAUUAGAAAAAAAAAUCAGAAAAUGCCACUAAAACAAGCAACAGAGAAUACCAAUAUGAAGACCCGCAAUUACUCUCUCUCUUGAGAUGUCAUCUACUUUAACAUCCCUUGCCUUUUUUACUUUGAAUCACUUAGUUUACUUGGUUACAAAUA